AUUUGUUUCCUAUGCAUGGCUCUGUGUAAUGUGAACGCUGACUCCGAUAACACCACACUUACCAAAACAACAGAUCCACCUGCAGACACCUCAGGAGGUAAUGGGAACGCUGACCCUGAUAACACCACACCUAACAAAAAAACAGAUCCACCUGCAGACACCUCAGGAGUAGAGAAUGCCACCUCCGCCUCACUUGCAAACACCACCUCCACCACAGUCUUACCCCCAUCCACCAUCACCCCCAGCACAGCUCCUGGUGCAGAACCCAAAUGCAAGUUCACUGCUGCGAUGACUCCGAGUGGUGCAGAGGUGAAGAUUCUCAAUGGCUCUGCUGAAGCGACAUACACUGUCAAGAUAAGAGAAACUACGAGGAAUGUGACCACAACAGAAGGCAUAAAGGAGAACCUCACAAUACAGUUUCAUCAGUUAAAACCAUGCACCAAAUACACCGUUGAAGUAAAUAACUGUACAGUCUCUGGAGAUGACACUUUCAACACUCCUAAUGAUGAGAUAGGAGUCUCUACUUCUGUGAAAAAACUGAAUGAAACAGCGUUCUGCUAUGAAGAUAGAAAGUGGAAUUUGAAAGAGUGUGUUAAUAAAAAACAAAAAGCAUGUACAACUCUGACGUUAAACGUAACCCUUGACAAAUGUAACUACACAAUGAUGGCCAUAUUGCCCCCAGACAAACCUAGCAUAACCUAUAAUGAAACAAUCCCCACUCAGUUUAUGUGGAGUAAUAAACCACAGCACUGUGACGACACACAAAUGCAAGUCAAAUGCACCGGAGAUUCUUGGAGUCGUACUUUUGCUUUAGAUCAGAAUGUGUCAUUUUUACCCAACAAAACGUAUAAAUGCACAGGAGAAUACACUUAUGAGGAUAAAAACAUCAAGAGUAAAGAGAUUCCAGUUAACAUAACAUGUGAUUGGCAAACGAAUACGUCCAGCAUAUUUCAGAGUUUAGCAAGCAACUCCUUUGUCAUGUCAUGGAAAUCACUGAAAAAUAAGAACUGCCCAGUGAUUGAAAUGUACAAUUAUGAAGCCAGCUGCACUCAUAAACAAGACGACGGGAUGGACCAUACACAAAACAAGAAAAAAAUAAGUGGCACAGAGUGCAGUUUUAACAGUUUGGAACCAUAUACUAAUUAUACAUGUGUAAUUAGAGCCAAAGUCAACACCAGUAACAUCAUCAACCAAAGUGACACAGGUCACUACACAAUCUUUACUGGAACACAAAAAACACUUGCUGACAAACCCAGUUUAAUAAAAACAAUUAAAGCAGUAGUUGGGCAAUCCCAUAAUUCAAUUGCAGUAAAUUGCAAUGGCAUAUUGAAAUGGAAUGGAGACCCAGGAAAUUAUACAGCCACACUCCAGGGAUAUCCUGAAAAAACCCUAACUGAAGUCGAAUGUUCAUUCACAUUUAAAAACCUUUACUACCUAACCGAAUAUAAGAUUGAGGUCACAGUCACAAAUAACCAAGGAAAUAUAUCUGACCCGUUACAUACAACUGCAUCUACUAAGUAUAACGAUAAGGCUGUUAUUGGAUUUCUGACUUUCCUCAUUAUUUUGACAUCAAUUGCGCUUCUUUUUGUGCUGUACAAAAUCUUCGUCCUCAAGCGAAAGCGGAAUGAUAGAGAUGAUGAUGUAAUUCCUCUUACACAACCGCUGCGUAACAUCGAGCCCAUCCUAGCAGAGAAUUUAGUGGAAGCCUAUAAAAAGAAAAUUGCUGAUGAGGGACGUCUUUUCAUGGAUGAGUUUCAGAGCAUUCCCCGAAUUUUCUCAAAUUACACCAUUAAAGAGGCGAAGAAGCAGGGAAACCAGUCCAGGAAUCGCUAUGUGGACAUUUUGCCAUAUGAUUACAAUCGUGUUGAGCUCUCGAGUGAUGCCGACAACGACUAAAUCAACGCCAGCUUUAUCGAGGGAUACAAAGAGUCAAAGAAAUACAUUGCAGCCCAAGGACCCAAGGAUGAGACCAUUGAUGAUUUCUGGAGAAUGGUCUGGGAGCAGAAGUCAUCCAUCAUCGUCAUGGUUACUCGUUGUGAGGAAGGAAAUAAGAGCAAAUGUGCUCAGUACUGGCCGUAUUUAGACAGAGAAACUGAAAUAUACGAAGAUUUUGUGGUGAAAAUCAGAUCAGAGGAACACUGCCCCGAUUACAUCAUUCGCCACCUGCUCUUAUCCAAUAAACGAGAGAAAGCCUCUGAAAGAGAAGUCACUCAGAUUCAGUUCAUCAGCUGGCCGGAUCACGGUGUACCUGGAGACCCCAGUCUGCUUCUGAAGCUCAGAAGAAGAGUCAACUCCUUUAAGAACUUCUUCAGUGGUCCUAUCGUGAUCCACUGCAGCGCGGGGGUCGGACGCACAGGAACGUACAUUUGCAUCGAUGCCAUGAUUGAAAGUCUUGAGGCGGAGGGCAGAAUGGACAUUUAUGCAUAUGUAGCCAAACUACGUCGCCAGCGCUGCCUCAUGGUUCAAGUGGAGGCCCAGUACAUAUUGAUACACCAAGCUCUGAUAGAACAUAACCAGUUUGGAGAAACAGAAAUCCCGCUGUCUGAAUUCCACUCGCAGCUCAAGGGUCUCAGACAGACAGAUGGAAAUGACCCCAGCUUGCUAGAAUUGGAGUUCCAGAAACUCCCAAAGUUUAAAAACUGGAGAACAGUUAAAACAGCAACCAGCGAGGAGAACAAGAAGAAAAAUCGCAACUCGUCUGUCGUCCCAUAUGAUUAUAACCGAGUUCUGUUUAGACUGGAGUUGGAGCCCAACCAGACCAGUGAUCCAGAGGAUGAGGAAGAGUAUUCUUCAUCAGAGGAAGAGGAGGAAUCAAAUGAAUACAUCAAUGCUUCAUUUAUUAAUGGCUACUGGUGUACGAAGAGUCUGAUCGCAGCACAGGGGCCUUUGCCCGACACAAGAGCAGAGUUCCUGCGGAUACUGUAUCAACAACAAACUAAAACAUUAGUCAUGCUUACCGAUUGCAAAGAAAAUGACAAGGAUUAUUGCUCUCAGUACUGGGGAGAUGAAAAGAAAGUGUUCGAAGAGAUGGAAAUCGAGGUGAAAAAGACGGAAAGUUUCCCAGCGUACGUUAAACGGCGUUUGGAAAUCCAGUCCACAAAGAAGAAAGAGGCGCUUGAAGUGGACCAGUAUCAGUUCGUCAGGUGGAAAAACAGUGAGCUUCCAGAGAGCGCUCAGGACUUGAUGGAGAUGAUGAGGCACAUCAGAGAGAACGGUGGUUAUGAUAACAGCAAAACGAACCGGGACAUUCCCAUCGUAGUGCACUGCCAAAAUGGAUCGUCCCGUACUGGAAUCUUCUGCGCAUUGUGGAAUAUCAUGGACAGCGCGUCUACGGAGAAGCUGGUGGAUGUUUUACAGGCGGUCAAAAAUGUGCGCAGGGAGAGACAGGGAAUGAUCCAGACAUAUGAGGAGUAUCAGUUCCUCUAUGAGGCAAUAGAGGGCGCCUUUUCUGUGCAGAACGGUGGUGUAAAGUCCCCGGCUUCCGACAGUGUGCAAAUCGUCAACGAAACCACAGCACUCCUCUCUGAACCCGCCAGCAGUACCAGCACAGACCAGAAGGAGGAGGAAAGCAAUGCCAAAGAGAGCACUGGGAAGGAAGCCACUCCUGCCGCUGUUACAGAGAAUACCAGCGCUGCUCCAUCACCAGCAGAGGGAGCCAGUGAGAAAACCUCCACUGCGGGCAGCACCAACGGGCCUGCUGUCACUGUAGACGUUUAAACAACCUCGUGACAACAUAUUGUGAUGGUCAGUAUUGUGGACAUUCUUCGGCAUGACUUGAGAUCAAACGUUGCUAGUUUGACACCAAGCGUCUAAGGAUGAGACACCAGCUUGUCUAUAAAAAUAGAAAAGGCUAUCAAAAUAGAUGAACAUUUUAUUUCGUUUUUUAUGUUUGAAUUUUAUUGUAUAUUUACGGUUCCAUAAGGCUACAUCGCUUUUUAAGAGUUUAUAUCUCAGGGUGGAUUUACAUUUCUGUAUAAUGGUGUUUUUAUGAAAUCUGUCAAUACUGUUUAUUAUUAGGCACAUUUCAGAUUGCAUUUUUGAAUGUAUUGUAAAAUAAGACCUUAAAACAGAUAUUUUCGAUAUUUUUGGAAAGCACCGUGCUGUUUUUAGAUCUAAACGAUGACGUCUGAAAUGAUGAGAAUAUUGGAUGGGAUUGAGUGUUUUUUGUAAACGAAAAAUAGGGACAAAGAAAUCUUUGCUCUACACGGCUGUCAACAAACUGCUUCACUUUUCUUCUGAAUUGUGAAAUCUUAAUGCAUUUUUCAUUUUAAGCAGAUUUUUAAUGUAACUUAAAAAGGAAUAAAGGAGGCUUGAACAUC